AUGGCGGCGGCGGCGGCACCGGCAGCGAACUGGCGUACCACCGGGGAGGGUCUCGUUCUGCAGACGGCCAGGGCGGUGGCGGCAGAGCACAAGGUCCCGCUGGACGUGGUUCUCAGAGGGAGCUUCGCGGACGCCGUGGACGGACCACAAGGCUUCCUCGGCCUCCAUGCCGCGGAAGACGACGUGAUCGUUCACGAUCAAGCCACGGGAAAGGAUUUCAUCAAGUUCAGCAACUUCCAAAAGUUCCAAGAGGCUUGUGGGGUGGGCCAAGGCCAACGGCAGGCAGGCGCCCAGCUCGUGGUGGUGGUCAUGCCGUAUGCGGAUCUUACCUCGUGCAACCUUCUGCAAGGUUUGGACAUGGCAGCUCCGCACUAUGGCUAUGCAAAGAUGUACGUAGCUAACCUGGAUAUGCUGCUCUGGAAGCAGAGAGCUUUCAUGGCUCUAAAGGAUGAACUGGCCAAGUGCCGCAGCCUGAUCACUCAAUUGGAGGUGGCCGCGAACCUGGGAAAAUCUCAACUUCACCCAUUUCCAGAACGGGCCCAAGUCCUUAAGCUAGAGGAGCAGAGCGAAUUCAGGAGGAAGUUGAUGGAUGCAAGGCGAAGGAUCCAGGACGCACUUGACAAGGCAAGACUAGAGGUUCAGCUUAUCACGCAGGAGCUACAGGCCAACCCUUGUUGGAUCAGCUUUCCAUAUUGGGAAGGGGAGCAGAUUAGUGCCCGGUGCCACUACACUUCUGCUUCUGUCGACAAUGUCAUAUUCAAUCUCAAUGACGAUGUCUUCAUCAAGGCUGGUCCCGAUGAAGAGAGUUACAUUGGCCGUAUUACAGAGUUUUUUCAAGGUAGAGAUGACAGAUCAUACUUCACAUGCCGUUGGUUUUUCCUUGCGGAGGAUACGGUCAUCUCACCGAAGCUGCUUAAGGUCCAUGAUCAUCAACAUAAUGAUAGGCGUGUUUUCCUUUCAGAGGAAAAGAAUGACAACAUGAUUGAGUCAAUAAUUUGUAAACUGAACAUAAUUUAUGUUGCCCCAAAUGAGAUACCACAGGCAAAAGAUCGGUUAAUAUCAAAUUCUGAUUACUAUUAUGAUAUGUCUUACUCGGUGGCAUGUUCCACAUUUGCAAAUUUGCCAGCAGAAAAUGAUGAUGCAGAAGACAGUGAUGCAACUUCAAAUAUAUCUUGUGAAGAGGGGAAACCAGUGGCUGAUCUUGUGACAUACAGUCUGCUCGAUCUAUAUUCAGGGUGUGGGGCUAUGUCAACAGGGCUCUGCCUUGGUGCAGAAUUGGCUGGCAUAAAACUAGAAACUAUAUGGGCUGUGGACAUGAACUCACAUGCUUGUGAGAGCCUAAAGCAUAACCACCCUUCAACACAGGUACGAAAUGAGAAGGCUGAAGAUUUCCUAUCCCUCCUUCAACAGUGGAAUGCACUCUGUAAGAAAUAUGUCAUCCACGGCAGCAAUUCUUUGGGCUCUGAUCUAGCUCAGGCAUCAAACGAUGAUGGAAAUGAUGAAAACGAAUCUCUACCAAAGGAUGUAUUUGAGGUAGAGAGGCUUGUUGAUAUAUGCUAUGGCGAUCCAAAUAAGACUGGAAAAAAUGGCUUAUGGUUUAAGGUUCGGUGGAAAAAAUAUGAUGCUAGUCAAGAUACAUGGGAGCCAAUUGAUGGUCUGAGCUAUUCCUAUGAGUGCAUUAAAGAAUUUGUUCAGAGUGGAUAUAGGGAUUCCAUUCUGCCUUUGCCUGGCUCUGUGGAUCUUAUUUGUGGGGGUCCUCCCUGCCAAGGCGUUAGUGGAUUCAACAGAUUCAGAAAGCCUGAUGAUCCGCUGACGGAUGAAAAGAACAAGCAAUUGGUUGUCUUUAUGGAUAUUGUGAAAUAUCUGCGACCUAAAUAUGUUCUUAUGGAGAACGUUGUAGACAUCUUGAAAUUUGCAGAUGGGUUCCUCGGCCACUAUGCAUUGAGUCGCCUUGUCUCUAUGAACUACCAGGCCAGGCUUGGGGUGAUGGUUGCGGGUUGUUAUGGGCUGCCGCAGUUUAGGAUGAGGGCAUUUAUCUGGGGAGCUCUUCCUUCCAUGGUUCUUCCGAAAUUCCCACUUCCCACCCAUGAUGUUAUUAAGCGAGGACUAGUGCCAAAUGCAUUUUUGCGGUGUCUCGUUGCUUAUGAGGAAACAGCAAAUAAAUACUUGAAAAAAGCUCUUGUCCUCGAAGAUGCAAUAUCUGAUUUACAGGAGGUUCAAAACAAUCAGCCUAAUGAUGUCAUGGAGUAUGGCAGUGACCCCAAAACAGAGUUCCAACGCUAUAUCCGGCUUAGCAGUAAAGGUGUGACCAGGGAGUUAAUGUCAGCAAGCAGUCCCGUUGGGUCAUAUACCUGCGCAAGGAGCUGCCCAUACAUUGUCAUCUGUUAUGAAACACUCACCUGUCCAAUUCUUCAAACAUUUGUCAACGUUUGUAAAUUCAUAAUUAAGUUCAGUUAUUCCCCCAUUGUGUACCUGUCUAUUCCUUCAAGUUCAGAUACUGAGAUGGAUGAUUCUGAAUAA